AUGUCUCCUCCAAGAAUUCUUCUCUGCGGUGACGUUAUAGGCCGCCUCAAUCAGCUCUUCAAGCGUGUUCAAUCGGCGAACAAAUCGGCGGGCCCAUUUGAUGCACUGUUUUGCGUGGGGCAGUUCUUUCCUGACUCCGCUGACCAAUUACAGGAAUUCAUGGACUAUAUUGAAGGCAGCGGCGGCUCUCAAAUUCCCCUCCCCACCUACUUAAUCGGCGACUACGGUGUCGCCGCUCCCAAAGUCCUCUCCACUGCUUCCAAAAACUCCGCCAAUUUAGGCUUCAAAAUGGACGGCUUCAAAAUUUGUGAUAACCUUUUCUGGCUUAGAGGCAGCGGGAAGUUCAGUCUCCAGGGUAGGGUAAGGCUGGGUUUAUCUGUUGCAUACUUAUCCGGUAGGCAGUCUUCAAACGCCCAACAAUUCGGAACAUACAGUCAAGAUGAUGUUGAUGCCUUGCGAGCAUUGGCCGAGGAACCUGGAGUUGUUGACUUUGGGGUCACAAACAGAGCUUCUGCAUCUGAUAUUCCUGCAGGGUUCUCGGAUUCGACAGCUUCCGAUUCUGUCGUUUCUGAGUUAGUAACAGAGAUCAAACCACGGGAUGUCAGAAGUUCAAAACUUUUCCUAGGUACUAAGGGCGUAUUCUAUGCACGUGAACCUUACUCUAAUAUUGAUGCUGUGCAUGUCACCCGUUUCUUUGGUCUUGCUAUGGUUGGAAACAAGGAUAAGCAGGUUCAAUUUGUGUUCUCAGCAUGA